AUGGACGACCCCCUCCUGCAGGGCGCGCGGGCCCUUCAGGCGUCGAUUGCGGGCGAGGGGCUCCGGCUCCCACCCGUGUCGCGCUCGCUCCAGCAGAUCGAGGACGAGACCCGCGCGCUGGCGUCGGCUGCCGCUCGUGCGCCGGCGGCGACGGCGAUGGCCUACCGCUUCCUCGCACAGCAGGGGAUAGACGCCGAUGGGCUCGACGCCGCGACGCUCGACAUGGCGGUCGACGAGGCCUCGGCCGACCUACCCGCCUUUGGCGGCGGAGCCGACGCCACCGCUGUGGAUGCGCCCGCAUGCGACGUCGACAGCCUGCUCGCGCGUGAGCAGUGCCGUGCACUGGUCGAGUCGGUCCGUCGCGCGGGCGAGCUGGUGACGGCGCGGUACGACGCGGCCUACUGGUCCAGUUUCGAGGAGGCGUGGGGCGGCACGCGCGACAGCCUGCUGCGCGACGCACAAGCCGCGUCGGCGGUCAACGUCUGCACGCCAUUGGGGCCGCACGGCGUCGGCACGGGGGACGACGAGGGCGCGGUGCGCGUGUGGGACGUGCGGCAGAGGGGGGCGGUGAUGCGCUUUGACGAGCACUCGGACGUGGCGGUGCUCGGCUCGGGCGAGGCCAUCGAGGCGCUGGCGCCGCUGAGUGAGCACGCGCUCCUCCUCGCUUCCGCCGACGGCGUCCUCCGCGCGGCGUCGCUCCACCCGUCGAGGAUGCUCGGCGAGGUCGGGAGGCACGCGGACCCGAUCGAGGCGCUCGCCGUCGACGCGCAGGGGGCGCUCGCCGCGACGGCCGCCCACGACGGCACCGUGCGGUUGUGGGACGUGUCCGAGGCGGCAUUGGGCAGGCGAGCCGCCCGCAACGGCGGGAGUGGCGCCGCCAGUGCCGAGGCGGAGACCGAGGACGAGGCGGAGGAGGCGCGGCCCCAGGGCAAGAGGCGGAAGGGAGGCAAGGGCCAGGGGGCCAUCCGGCUGGGAAAGGACUUUGACUUCUCAGACCUCUGA